AUGAUCAGAAUAGUGGUUUCUGACAUGUUGAAGGUAUGUAAUGGUCCCAGUAAACAAAGUUCAACAACCAUUGCUAAAAAGAUGGUGGCCAAAUACCCUGCAUCCCUGCAGGAUGUUAUUGAGGGUGAUAUAGUUGGUUCAGGGUAUCAUUCGCUGGUGAAACAGCUUCAGAAUCGUGUAGAAAACAUAAAGAGAUCAUAUGUGCCAAAAAUCAGAAAACGCAACAGAACAGAAGACUCUGACACAGACGAGAUUCCUGGUGAAAAAAAGGCAGCAGUUCAAGACACUUAUGGUUGUGUGAAUUGGGAAUUAAAACUUAUGCCACUCAGUGAGACUAAAGAGAGCCAGUUGGAUAAACAAGAACAGAUGAAGAUGAUGUCUACAACAGCUAAUGCUGACCCAGAAGUAGUAAGGAGUCUUUUGAAAGCAACAUACUAUACACAACGCAGAGACAUAAACAACGGAACAAGCAUGCAACAGCUUUGUGAGACCUGGCCUUUUUUGUUUCGAGAGGUUGGCAUGUGUGUACACUUCAAGUUGCUAACAGGAAUCGAUCUAAAGGAGACGCUCUUCAACAGCUUGGAUAAAAAGGGACAGCGGCUCCUUAACUUUCUAAAAACUGUUGGUGCAGAACGGAAGAAACAAGUACUUCAAGCUGCUGCAAAACUUGAAGUUAUGAGGGGACAAAUUGAGGGAUGUUCUGAAGAUAUUAAAGACUUGGUACUGCUCCUGCUUGCCUACUUCGAUGAAAAGGAAGAGAUGAUGUUUCACUAUGUUGAAGAGUCUUGCCUUGUUGAAGAUGUACAGCUAGAUAAGUUACCAGCAACACCCUGCAUCGUUGUCUGUGGCUCUUCCUGCUACACAUCAAAGCUGUUCAUGGUGAGCAUUGACCAAAGGAUAACAACUCCACACAUUUCUACAUUCAUCUCAGCAAUAUGCAUAAUGUUUGGCAGCUUCUACUGUUUCAACAUUCAUUAUCCUUUGGAGCUGGGUUCUACUCUGGAAUUCCUGCAAAGGUGCUUCUUUAGCAUAAACCCAGAGAAGGGCACCAAAGUUGAAUGGAAAAAAAACAAAAAACAGCUCCCAGUGAAUCCCAGAGUCCUUACACUCAUAGCAGACCUUGCGGACCAUGAAUGGAGAGCAGAUUAAGGUUGGACACUGCUAUUAGUAUUUUUUUUUUCUUUUGAGAAAUUUUACCAGUGUUCAGUUCACUUUAAAGAUACAAGUUUGCAAAUUUGUAUUUGUUUACUUAAUUGCAAUGUUAAGUCACUUGCUGAUGCUCAGACUUUGUGUUGGAAAUUUCUGUGUUGUGUGUUGAAUGUUCCAUCCUACAAACCUAUUUAAUGGUAUUAUGCGCCUGUAGUCAUUUGAAAAAAGAAAAUAUAUUUGUAGCUGAAAUUAAAUCUGUUUUUAAAGCCAAUGAAAUUCAGAGAUUUUAAGGUUUAUGCGGUUAUGCUGUUUUGUGUACUGUCAAUUUAUGAAUUUGUAUUUCCCUACGAAAAGAUACUUUUUGAUAUAAAAAAGUUAAAAUCUGUAUGCUCUCUAUACAUGAGUUGUGUAUACUUUUGGUGUUCAUGUUUUUUCAUUAACAUGGCUAAACCAUUCUGAUGAUAGAACGUUCUGCUUAUGUUUUUUUUUUAAUGUUUCUUUCUGGUAAAUUUCUGGUAUUUCAAAAUGUUUGUUCUGUACUCUUGAACUGUUUAAUGAAAAGAAAUAUGGAUGCCUAAAUGCUGUAACUCAGUUUCAGGAUGUAAACGAUCUUCUUGGCCAUUUUUGUGGGACAGUAAAUCUAAACUGUUAUACAAGAAGUACAUUGACUGCUCUACUAUAGAAAUUAGUUUUGAAUAUUUUAUUGUCCCUUGAGAAGAAUGAAAUUAAAUCUGCUUUUAAAGCCAAUGAAAUUCAGAGAUUUUAAGGUUUAUGCGGUUAUGCUGUUUUGUGUACUGUCAAUUUAUGAAUUUGUAUUUCCCUACGGAAAGAUACUUUUUGAUAUAAAAAAGUUAAAAUCUGUAUGCUCUCUAUAUAUGGGUUGUGUAUACUUUUGCUGUUCAUGUUUUUUCAUUAACAUGGUUAAACCAUUCUGAUGAUAGAACGUUCUGCUUAUGUUUUUUUUAUGUUGCUUUCUGGUAAAUUUCUGGUAUUUCAAAAUGUUUGUUCUGCACUCUUGAACUGAUUAAU